CCGGGAGCUCUGCGAGCUUCUCAUUAGCCGGCGGCGCGGGGAGGGGCCAGGUGACCUCACGCUGUCCGGGCCUCAGCGGCCAUUAGUCCGGGUCCCAUUGCUGGGGCGGCCGCGCAGCUUCUGAGUCCGCGAGACACCUAGGCCGCGAAUUCGAGCCUGACCUUGAGGGUCCACACCGCGAGAGAGAAGAUGCGUGCGCCCAUUCCAGAGCCGAAGCCUGGAGACCUGAUUGAGAUAUUUCGCCCUUUCUACAGACACUGGGCCAUCUACGUUGGCGAUGGAUAUGUUGUCCACCUGGCCCCUCCAAGUGAGGUCGCAGGAGCUGGUGCAGCCAGCGUCAUGUCUGCCCUGACUGACAAGGCCAUCGUGAAGAAGGAACUGCUGUAUGAUGUGGCUGGGAGUGACAAGUACCAGGUCAACAACAAACACGAUGACAAGUACUCGCCACUGCCCUGCAGCAAAAUCAUCCAGCGGGCGGAGGAGCUGGUGGGGCAGGAGGUGCUCUACAAGCUGACCAGCGAGAACUGUGAGCACUUUGUGAACGAGCUGCGCUAUGGAAUCGCCCGCAGUGACCAGUCCAGACCAAGACCAAGACCAAGACUGAGACGUGGAGACCUGAUUGAGAUUUUUCGCUUUGGCUAUGAGCACUGGGAUGUGGGAUAUGGCUAUGUGAUCCAUGUGGCUCCCUCUAGUGAAAUUGCCGGAGCUGUUGCGGCCAGUGUCCUGUCCGAACUGACCAACAAAGCCAUAGUGAAGAAGGAACCGCUGUCUGAGGUGGCUGGGAGAGACAACUACCGUGUCAAUAACAAACAUGAUGACAGAUACGAGCCACUGCCCAUCAACAAAAUCAUCAAGUGGGCAGAGGAGUUGGUGGGGAAGGAGUUUCGCUAUUCGCUGACCAGUGACAACUGCCAGCACUUCGUGAACGAGCUGCGCUAUGGGAUCUCCCGCAGCGACCAGGUCACUGAUGCCCACACAACAGUAAGUGUGGUAACAGGUGUCCUGGCUGUCGCAGGCCUUGUGGGCAUGCUGCUGUACAGAAGCAAGCGGGAAAGGCAAUAAAUCCAAGGAAUUGUCCCAACAACAACCAAUUCUUAUGGAAGAAUAUUGUUUAGCUGGCAGGAGUGCGGUUUGGUUUACUGGCUUUACUGUUUUGUGUUCAUCAAUCUUUAUUUUAAUGGAGUUAAAAGCAUAGGAACAUUUAUUUGGGGGAAAUGCAGCUUAGUGUGAAUUCUAUUAAAUGCAGCUUAGUGUGAAUUGUAUUAAAGACACGAUUGGGCUCU